AUGACGCCCAACACAAGGACAUUGGUGAAUGCUGCAUCAGGAGGGUCCUUAAAAACAAAAACUCCAGAGGAAGCUUUAGAAUUGCUAGAAUCUCUAGCCUCUCAAGAGUACGAUAAUGCUCCGGUACCACAGAGAAGAGCGGGGAUAAUGAAGCUUGAUGGUUGUGAUGCCAUCUUGGCUCAGAAUGAGCAGAUUUUACAAUCCAAUAAGAAACAGCAACAACAGCUAGAUGCUCUCGCAAAACAAUUUUCUGAAUUUCAAGUUUCUUCUGUUAAUACUCUUGCUAUCAUUUGUGAUAUUUGUGCAGUGCAACAGCAACCUCCUCAACAAUCAGAAUGGGAAAAGGCCUUUGCACAACUAUCCAAGACCACAUCAGACUACAUUCAAAGUUCCAAUAAUUUCAGAGAAGACACUUCAGCCUUUAUGCAAGAGACAAAGGCCUCAUUCCGGAAUCAAGAAGCUUCUAUCCGGAAUCUUGAAACUCAGAUUGGACAGCUAUCAAAGCAGUUCACUGAAAGAGUUCAAGGAACUUUUCCAGGUAACAUUAUUCCAAAUCCAAGUAGGGAACACUGCAAUGUGAUUACUACUAUGAGUGAGAAAGCCAUUGAACCUGUGGAAAAAGAAAAGGAAGUUGCCAAAGAAUUUGCUGCAGAGAAAACUGUUCCUGAAAAGAAAGAGUUCAAAUGGGAGAAAAAGAAAGCUCAAGAAAGGCAAGAAAAGCCAUUGGAGCUCUCACCUUAUGCAAAGAUUCCAUAUCCGCAGAGGUUCAGAGAGGAAAUCAAAAAGCAGCAGUAUUCCAAGUUCCUUGACAUUUUCAAGAAGCUGCAAAUCAAUAUCCCGUUUACUGAAGCCUUGGAGAACAUGCCCAAUUACGCAAAGUUCAUGAAAGAUCUUCUAUCACGAAAGCGUAAGCUACAAGAAUGUGAGACAGUGACGCUGACAGAGGAAUGCAGUGCCAUUAUCCAGAAAAAGUUGCCUCCAAAGCUUAAAGAUCCAGGAAGAUUUAGCAUUCCAUGCAACAUAGGCAAUAUGGAAGUGAAAAAUGUUCUAUGUGAUCUCGGUGCCAGCAUCAACGUGAUGCCACUAUUUAUGAUGAAGAAACUGGGGAUCUGA